AUGACCACCAGCGAUGAGAUGGGAAUGGGUGGCAACUUCUGCCACGACCACAUCCAGCAUCCAUUGAUGUGGUGCGACGAGAAGAAGCGGCUUGUGGAACGCAAAAAUGCAGAAGAGAGUCUUCGGAUGUGGCGGCGCAGAAAAGCGGAGGAGUGUGCUCGCAAGGAAAAGGAUAAACAGGAGUACUACGACCUGUUUCACCAACAUUGUCCUUGGGGACGACCAGGUGGUGGUGCUCCCAACGUGGAGGUGCGUCGCAAGGACAUCACAGCCGUGGGUCUUCACUCCACACCAACUGUGACCACCGCCCACCGGAUGAAUCUUCUACAGCCGUGUCGCUACAACGACUUCUUCUCGAUGCAGAAGAAGUGCCACAACAAUCCGCUGGCCGCCUACCAUCACCACCACCACCAUGCCCCGCCUCCCCCGCCCCCGGGAGGCCGUUUGGGCCACGCCCACUCUGUACACCACCUGCAGGAGAGUGGCCCCAGGAGCAGCACGGUGACGAUUUGCGAGCGGGAGAUUCCCCACAAGCCGGGAGCCGGAGUUGGUGUGAACCUGGCCAAAAACGCCAACGGCCAUGUGGAUAUAGAGCUGAGGUACAAGCCCUCGCCUCCUUGCAAGGGCAAGCCACUUCUCGAGAAGAUCGUGGUCAGCGAAAGCGAACAGCGAUGUCCCUUGCAGGAAAAGCUGGCCUCGCAGAAGAAGCGACUGCAGGCCAAGCUGGAAAAGCCGCCCAGCAAGGAGCCCUGGGGCAAGGCGGGUCCGGGCGGCAAACCUUGGCGGAGUCCCAAGGAAGUGGGCAACACAUUCAUGAAGUCACUGGGCUGGACCAACAAAGAGAUGCUGAAGGAGUUGGAUCAGGACAACCCGGUGACUCCGGCGGAGAAGAACACAUUCCGUAAAUCCCGUCCAGGAAAGCCUCCAAAACCACAGCGCUGCUGUGAGAUGUGCACCUGCAACUGUCCCUCCAUGAGCAAUAGUCCUCCAAAGCCCUCGCCGCUCUCGCUGCCCAUUCCGCCCGGAAAGAAGUGUCCGGGUCCGCCAGGCCCGCCGCCCGGGAAGAUCCUGCACCACCUGAAGCCGCAGGACUGCGGUGGCAAGCCCAUCAAGCUGUGCCCCCGAAUGGCAGCUCGAGGUCCUUGUCCGGGGAGCACCAGUACCGCCACUCCGGAUGCCAGCACUGCCGGAGGAAAUGGGGGACCUUAUGGCGAGGGCGGUGGCGUGGAGCUGGUGCCCCUCCUCGCCAGAAGGCGUGGCAUGCACCGACCCAUCAGCCUGUCCAGCACGGAUGUGACCAAGAGGACGCCCUCGCAUGAUAGGUACGCAUCCAAGCACAAGCAUCCACCAAAGAACUGCCAGCUGACCACCAGCAAGCUCAAGUGCAUCAACAGCAUCAUCAAGAACAUCAGCCACAUGAAGCGGCUGCCCAAGAAUCUGAACUGCAAGCUGCAGUGUUGCAGUUGCGACUGCCCCACGGCAUUGGCCACGGGCUGCUGCCUCAAGCGGCUCACCCUGCACAUUCGCCAGGCUUAA